AUGAGCCAAAUACAAACUGAACUGGAGCUGACGUUGUUAUCUAGGAUCAUGGAUAUGGCAGGAACAUCUGCUGAAUAUUCAGAAGAUGAAGUAUCCGAUAUCAGUUGUUCUGAUAGCAAUGAAACGUUUAGCAGUCCAUCCAGUAGUGACUCAGAAAGCGAUGAAAGUGAUGAAAUUGCAAGCAACGGUCAACCGUUAAUACAGAAGCAGCAAUCGAUUUGUAAAGCAGUUUUAGGAAACGGGGAUAAACGUUUUAAUUUUACUGGAAAUCCUGGACUUAAAGUACCGCCGAAAGCAGUGCAUUUAUAUACUCCAUUGGAAUGCUUCAUGCUGUUUGUCGAUGAUUCUAUAAUUGACUUAAUGGUCACUGAAACUAAUCGGAAUGCUAACCAUGUUCCGAGCAAUUCUCUCAUUGGUCGACAUAGCCGUAUGACAAAAUGGUCAAAUACGGACAACAACGAAAUGAAAAAAUUUCUUGGAUUCCUGCUGUGGAUGGAUGAUUCACAAAAUAAAGAUGCAGAUAGACUGUUCAAAAUCAGAGGUCUUUUGGACAAGUUGAAUUUAAGAUUCCAGCAAAUGAAGGAACCAGAUCUUUAUAUAGCAGUCGACGAAACAAUGAUUCCUUUCCAAUACCUCCCCGAAAAACGCCAUAAAUACGGUGUAAAACUUUUUAAGAUCUGUAGUAGGAAUGCCUAUACAUAUAAAAUCGAAAUUCAUGAAGGAAAGUCUUCUAGUGGAAAAAAUUUAUCCGAAGCAGUAGUACUUCGCCUCUGUGAAAAUUAUUUAGACUGCGGCCGCACUGUAGUUACAGAUAACCUUUAUUCUAGCAUAGAAUUAGCUGAGGAAUUAGUAGCAAGAAGAACUGAUCUUAUUGGUACCAUUCGUAAGAACGGAAAAGGUUUCCCGAAGGAAGUAAUAACAGCGAAGUUGAAGAAAGCCGAAAUUGUAGGAAAGGAAAGUAAUGAUGUUGUAGUAAUCAAAUGGAAAGAUCAAAGAGACUGUUAG